AUGGGUGAUGGCACGUACGCUUCCGAAAAGAAAGCAAAGAACAUUUUGAAGCUGAGUGGUACGCCCAGUGCAGCAGAUAUCACUUCUCAGUACAAGAAGCUGGCCUUGAAGUAUCACCCUGAUAAGAAUCCAGGAAAGCAACAAGAAGCUUGCGAGGACUUUAGAAAGCUAGUGCAAGCAGUACAAGUUUUAUCAACGUCGAUAUCAACCUCAUCCGACUCAUCUGAUAAGCCAUCUUUCGACUUUACCACCGUUUUUAAGGAUACGCCGUUUUUUAACUCGUACAUGCAAGAUUUCAGCUUUAUACCACCCCUGCAGCCAUCGCAGGAGGGCCCUACAAAGCACGCGUCUGCCUUUCGGUGGUACGACCCUAAGCCAAAACUGCACAAGGACAGACGCGGAUAG